AAUAUGUUUGUAGUUACUGCUGCACAUGGCGGCAGUGUCCAGGUUUUUUCAUUGUCCAUCUUAAUUACUGGAGUUUUCCACCUUAUCUAACCAAUAUCGGCUUAUGACAUAUUAAAAGAGUGAAUUUACGUAUCUACGAAUCUCUUAAAAUUAUGGAGGGCCCACCUACACCAAAAAAGUUCAAGAUUGAUACAGAAGACUUGGAAAACUUAACAAAGGAAGAUUUACUUCUAAAAUUUAAAGAACAAGACAAAUAUGUUAAACUCCUGGAAGAAAAACUAAAAUCUCGAAAUGUUGAAGGUGUGGAAGAUUUUGAAAAUAAAGAGACUGAAGAGAAAUUAAAGCAGCAACAUAUUGAGGCUGCUCGACGCGAGAACACUUUAGUUCUUCGUCUCACUACAAAAGAACAAGAAUUACAAGAUUAUUUGAAUCAAAUCCAAGAAUUUAAAGCUGCUCAAACCCCAAGCACUAACCAACUUCGCUCUAUGCUACUGGACCCAGCCAUCAACUUGGUAUUCCAACACAUGGCUAAAGAGAUGGAAGAAUGCAAGGAACGACAGAAACAGACACAAAAUGAACUGAGUGCAUGGAAGUUCACUGCCGACAGCCAGACUGGGAAAAGACUAAUGGCCAAGUGUCGUAUGUUGCUGCAAGAAAAUGAGGAUUUGGGGAAACUUAUCGCAUCUGGCAGGACAGCAAAGCUUGAGGGAGAAAUAGCCCUGGAGAAGACACUUGUUCAAGAAAUGAAGAAGAACCAGGCCGAUUUAGACGAAUUCUUGGCUGAGAUUGAUGAAGAUGUUGAGGGUAUGCAGAGCAUGAUAUAUUUAUUGCAGCAACAGUUAAAAGAGUCCAAAGAACAGAUGAACCAACUAAAAGAAGAAAAUAAAAAGCUCAAAGCUCUUGUUCCUGUAAAUGAAACUGAAUGUGAACCAGCCAGUGAACAGUCAAGCUCUCCAGCUAUUUCUAGUGUAGCUAGAACAGAACAAUCUGAGACACCAGUAACUGUUGCAGACAAUGUGAUGUCUCAGCUAGAUUCUAACAAUGGUACAAUUGCAGAAAGUGUUCAACCACAGGCCCAAGACAUACUAACGACUGAUGACUAUUCCCCACCCAUGUUUGUUAAUAAAGACAGUAAAUACAUUGGUGCUACUGAUAAUGAUAGUAGUGUAGAUAAUAAUGAUGAUGAUGAUAAUGAUGAUGAUGAUGAUGACGAUGAUGAUGAUGAGGGUGAUAAUGAUGAUGGUGAUGAUGAUGAUGAUGAUGACGAGGAGGAGGAGGAGGAUUUAGAGGAGGAGGAAGAGGAGGAUAGUUGUGAUAACAACACCAUUACCAACACUAAUAUUGUGGAAAACAACAUUAGUUUAGCAGAAAAUGUUGUUGAAGAAACAAUAAAUAUGGAAAUAGAUUCUGUUGUUGAUAAUAGCAUUCCUGCUGAGGAACCUUGUGAACUUGACAACAAGUGUAAAACUGAUGAAGAAGCAUGUGACAGAUUGACACCUCACAGUGCAGGUUCAUCUCCAACUGCGGAUCCCAGCUCUUCUGAGACUGACAUUACUGUGUCAACUACACAAAUUAGUUCAUUGAAUUCAGUGGUUGUGCACUCCCCAACAACUGUACUGUCAUCUGAAAGGGUGCCAUCUCCUUUAUUAAAUCAUAAUUCUGGUUCCAGUCACUUCCAAACUUCCCCUCUUCCUGUUAAAUUUGGCACUUAUGAAGUGGAUCAAAGUAUGAGUCCAAUUGCUAAAGAUUUAACUGAAGAGACAGUUGAACAGACACCUAUGGAUACAUCUGAGACUGUUAGUGAUGAGGCUUUAACUGCUGAAAGUUCCCUCUUAAACAGCCACAAUAACAAGUGGACAGACAAAACUAGCAGUAAUAUUGUUUGUGAAGAGACAAGCCCAGUAUCAGGCAAUAAUGGUACUAUAUCAGUGAUGUCAGAAGAUGAAGACAACUAAUCAAAUUGGCUUUUAAAUAUUCUUCAUUCCAUUUGUUUUUAGUCAUGUUAUUUUCUUCAUUUUUAUUGUCACUUUUUUAUGUCCCCACAAAAGAUCACAAUUCCAACUAUUUCAUCUUUAUCCAUUUGUCUCUGUCCUCUUUGAUAUUUGUAAGAAACCACUUUUACAUAUAUGUAGUGUUCCUGAAACUGCCACUAAGAUUCAGUAAUUGGAAAUGCAGAAGCAAUUCCAGAGAUGUUUUUUUUUUCUUUUUGUUUGAAUAAAUUUCAGUGAAUGACUUUGACCCUA